AUGGCGUCAGAUACCUUUCAGCGUAUAGGAAACAGAGACUUUACGCGCUCGACCGUCGCGUUUGCAUGGCGAUCGAUCGACCUCAUUCGUCGCACGCCAACUCGCAAUUUUGUCAUCCUGGUAAAAGGGAACGCAGUCGGGGGAACAUGGUCGGACAAUAGGUACCCAGGCUGUGCUUGCGAUGCGUGGAGGGGCUUGUACAGCUUUUCAUUUGAACAGCGUCCCGAUUGGACGAGGAAGUAUCCCGGCCAGGAAGAAUUGCUGGUAAUGGCCCCCCACAACGAUAUCCCCCAAGAUGAAUACCUCACGGGUGUCGCUGAAAACUACGGCCUUUACCGGUACAUCCGUUUCAGCUCAACCGUGAAAGAAGCCCGAUGGGAUGGUCAUUAUCUGCAGUGGAAGGUGAAGGUAGCCGUCGUUGGGGCGAAAGAGAGCGAGUAUCAAGAUGAAUACGAGCUCACGACUGACUUCCUUGUGUCGGCCGUCGGACAGCUCAAUGAGCCCAGCUAUCCCAACAUCCCCGGCCUCGAAAGUUUCUCCGGGGAGAUGAUGCAUUCAGCCAGAUGGGAUUGGCGGUAUGACUUCCAGGACAAACGGAUAGGCGUCAUUGGAAAUGGUGCCACGGCAGUCCAAGUAAUCCCUGAGUUGGCCAAAACAGCUUCAAAUCUCACAGUAUACCAGCGCACCCCGAACUGGAUCAUUGCACGGAAUGACCGGACUGUGUCUGCUUUACAUAAGUUUCUUCUCAGUUACAUCCCCCCCGUGCAGUGGUGCAAGCGAGCCCUGUUGAUGCAACUUACUGAAUGUUUCCAUGAUGCUGCCAUGAACCGCGACUCAAAAUUAGGCCAGAAGAUUCUGUGCUGGGCGCAAUCAAAUAUGAAAUCACAGUUCACUGAUAAGCCUGAGCUGUGGGAAGUCCUGACACCGGGCUAUCCGAUCGGCUGCAAGCGCCUGCUGGCAACGGAUGACUACUUCCCUGCAUUGAACGCGGAGCACGUAGACCUGGAGACUAGGCAAAUUCGGCAGGUAACCAGCACAGGGAUCCAAACGGAGGAUGGAGCGCAGCGGGACUUUGACCUGAUCGUCCUGGCUACCGGGUUCUGUUCGGUGGAGUUCCUGCACCAUGUCCGGAUAUAUGGCGCCAACGGCUGCUCGUUGGAGAGCAUCUGGAAGGAAGGUGUGACUGCGUAUUGUGGUGUUACAGUGGAAAGUCCACCCAAUUUUGGGAUGUUGUAUGGGCCAAACACAAACCUUGGCUACACAUCUGUUAUCUUGAUGAUCGAAGCGCAGUCUCGAUGUUUGAGUACAUUGGUUGGAGCAGUGAUCCAAGCGAAGCAAAAGGGCCAGAAAUUGGCUCUCCAGCCCCGGUCGGAUGUGGUAAGAGAGUACGAUGACCGCAUCCAGGAGCGACUAGCAAGGAUCAAGUUUGCGGACCUGGGUUGCCGCAGCUGGUACAAGGCGGAUGACGGUCGCAUCACGAAUAAUUGGCCGGGGAUGGCGUUAGAGUAUCAGAAGGAGAUGUCACAGGUGCGGUGGACGGACUACCACGUCCAGGGAAGUGGACAGGCGGCGCUGCAAAAGAGGAAGCCAACCUAUAUUGGAUGCCCGUGGGCAAUGCCGCCUUGA